GCCGCCCCCGGGAGCGCGCCCGCCGGGCCGGGCCGGGCGAGGAGCCCGGCGUGCGGCGGGGCCAGCCCCCUCCCGUCCCUGCCGGCCGCUGGCCGGUGGAAGGGCAGGGGCGGAGGGCGGGGCGGCGGGAGCCGGGCCGCUGCCUGCACCGGCGGGGAGUGGCGGGGGGCGGCAGCCGAGAGGCGGCACCUGGGUCCUUCCCCCGUCUCCAUCACCCCGCGGCUGCCGUGAAACGGCCGCGGCCGAGCGGAGCGGAGGGGUGAGACUGAAAAGGAGCUUUUCACAUUUCUGAACUGGAAAGUGCGCAUAUGUCAUGACAUCGGGGGGCUAAAGUAUCUUCCCCGGAGUUCAGUUUUGGAGACUGGCUGAUUUGGCAGCUCUGGUUUUCAGGUCUUUAUUACUGCGCUGACUCACCCAAAAUGUCCAUAGGAGAAUAAUGGAAGCCCCUGAAUACCUUGAUUUGGAUGAAAUAGAUUUUAGUGAUGAUAUAUCGUAUUCUGUAACUUCCCUCAAGACCAUCCCAGAAUUAUGUAGAAGGUGUGAUUCACAAAAUGAAGACAGAUCAGUUUCCAGCAGCAGCUGGAACUGCGGAGUCUCAACUCUUAUCGGAAAUGCACAGAAACCAACAGGAAUUGCAGAUGUGUGCAAUAAAUUCAGACCAGUGAAGAGGGUUUCCCCAUUAAAGCACCAGCCAGAAAGCUCUGAGAACAAUGAAAGUGAUGACCAGAAGAACCAGAAGGGAGAAUACCAGAAAGGCAAUGAUUCUCAGUCUGCACCUCCAAAUGACGACCAGAGUCCAGGGGAAGGAGAGAGCCUUAAAAGCAAAAACAUUGAGCCCACUGUUCUACUUGGGGAGCUGGAGCACUAUGACCUGGAUAUGGAUGAAAUUUUGGAUGUGCCUUAUAUUAAAUCAAGCCAGCAACUUGUUCCUUUUACAAAGGUAGCUCCUGAGAAAAAACUUUUGGGUGUAUGUUCAACAGUGAAUGGUCUUAGCGUCAAGACCUGCUCUGCAGGGAGCACAGAGAGCUCGCCUGCUGGCGGGACGCAGUUCUGUGUGCUGUCUCCUGUGAAAGGCUCUCAGCUGAGAAAAACGCAGCCUAUUGUCCUUGAUCAGCACAAGCAUUUAACAGAAGAAUUAGAGCUUUCCCAGCCUUUAGUUAAGUGUAGCUCAGUCCAUGAACAUGAAGCCCAGGGCAAGGGCUUCCUCAGCAGGACAUUUGUUGAUCCUCAUGCUCACAAAACUGAGAAGACUAUGCCAAACUGCCACCUGAGGACUUUCCACCUGCAGACGGCAGUGUCAGAAAGCAAGCAGCUAGAGGAACUGAGUAUGAACUGGAGCACUGCAGGGGCCCCAGAAGAGAAGAGCGAAGAGGUGAAAAAAAUUAAGAGCAUCUUAAACAUUGUAAAGGAAGGCCAAAUAUCUUUACUGCCACAUUUAGCAGCAGAUAAUCUGGAUAAGAUCCAUGAUGAAUGUGACAACAAUCUGUUGCAUGUAGCAGCAUCAAAGGGACAUGCAGAAUGCCUGCAGCAUCUCACGUCUUUGAUGGGUGAAGACUGUUUGAACGAACGAAACAUAGAGCAGCUAACUCCAGCUGGAUUAGCAAUAAAGAAUGGUCAGCUGGAGUGUGUUCGAUGGAUGGUGAGCGAAACAGAAGCUAUUGCAGAAUUAAGUUGCUCAAAAGACCACCCAAGCCUUAUUCAUUAUGCAGGUUGCUAUGGCCAGGAGAAAAUCCUUCUAUGGCUUCUUCAGUUUAUGCAAGAACAAGGGAUUUCGCUGGAUGAAGUCGACCAGGAUGGAAAUACUGCUGUUCACAUAGCAGCUCAACAUGGCUAUCUAGGAUGCAUACAGACAUUGGUUGAAUAUGGAGCAAAUGUCACCAUGCAAAACCACGUGGGAGAGAAACCCUCACAAAGUGCUGAGCGACACGGGCACACCAUGUGUUCCCGCUACUUAGUAGUUGUGGAGACAUGUAUGUCAUUGGCCUCUCAGGUUGUCAAGCUAACUAAGCAGCUGAAGGAGCAGACAGUGGAACGUGUGACAUUACAGAACCAACUCCAGCAGCUUUUAGAAGCCCAGCGGUCAGAGGGCAAGUCACUACCCACGUCCCCAAGCUCGCCAUCAUCUCCUGCUUCUGGCAAACCCCAGUGGAAACCAUCCGAAGCAGAUGAAUUGUCUCCACCAAAAAAUAAAUUGAACACCCAAGAUGGGAUUCAGAUUCUUGGCAGCUUGGGAACUUCUAGUCGCGCUCGAGCCAAGAUAAAAGAUGAGGACUCAGAUAAAAUCUUGCGCCAGUUGUUGGGGAAGGAAAUCUCUGAAAAUGUCUGCAUGCAGGAAAAGCUGACUUUGGAAUUUCAGGAUGCUCAUGCAUCCUCCAAGAACGUGAAGAAGAUUUUGCCAGAGAAAAGGGAGUUGAAGUUAGCCAGACUGAGGCAACUGAUGCAGAGAUCACUGAGCGAGUCUGACACAGACUCAGCUAAUUGUGAGGACCACAAGAACACCCCUGUGAAAAGAACUGACAAACCAAGGCCUCAGCCCAUAGUGGAGAGUGUAGAGAGCACAGAGAGUCUGCACCUGAUGAUUAAGAAACACGCUUCUGCAGCAGGCCGCCGCUUCCCUUUUGGUAUCAGGGCCUCUAAGUCUGUGGAUGGCCACAGUCCUUCCCCUACUUCAGAGAGCAGCGAUCCAGAUAAUGAAGCCCCGUAUCAGUCUGGUCCUGUUCCUCAGAGCCAGUUUUGUGGAGACAACUCUCCGUCCAGCACGGACAGUGCCACUGCUCAGAAGGUUGCCACCAGCCCUAAGAGUGCUCUCAAGUCUCCCUCUUCAAAGCGCAGAACCUCCCAAAACUUGAAACUCCGAGUAACUUUUGAGGAGCCUGUGGUGCAGGUGGAGCUAGCAGAGUCAGAACUAAGCGAGGAAAAGGAUAAAGACCGGGGCAAAGGACUCAUUCGGGCUCCACCCGGCUCUGGGGAGCCAGCAGGGGACCAGCUGAAAAGGCCUUUUGGAACCUUUCGGUCCAUAAUGGAGACGCUGAGUGGCAACCAAAAUAACAACAACAACUGUCAAACAGCAAACCUGAUCAAAACCUCAUCGACGCUGCCUUUUACCUCAUUAGGAAGGAAGACGGCAGACAGCAAAGGAAAUCCAGCAGCUCUCACAAAAGGAAGAAACAAGCCACGCACAGCCUGCUCCUGUCAGAGCAUAUGGUUGGUCUGUAGCAAAACGUACUGGAUACAGACCAUCCCCUCUCUGCAGCCAACUGAGUGCCCUUUCUGGGAUCCCAACAGCAAGAGGGGUGUCUUCAUUUAGGAGGCUGGCUCUCUUGUUCAGAAGAAAGGAGAGAAUACUUUGAACAAAUGUACCUUCCAAGAGAAAGGAAAAGGUACUGAAUGAAAGGAAAUACUGUUAGCGCAGUGUGUUUGUGGAGCAGAGAGGAGUGCGAGCAUGUGGAGACACAAAAAAAGAGUUGAGUGAGAGGGAAUGGCAGAUGAUUUAAUCCUUUAUGAAAAACAGGGUGGGAGCAAAGGGCUGGAUGGAAAGACAUGAGGCAAAAGAAUACUUUCAAGAUGAAAAAAAAGAACACACAGCAGGCCAAGAGGAGGAGGAGGAGGAGUGAAUUAUAUACUGUAAAAAGUAUGACAAGGUAACGGGAGAAAAACACAGGAAAAUAUUAGACAUAGAGGAGGCAAAAUGAGUAUGGAAAAGAAACAGUGGAAAGAGAGAACUGGGAAGCAGUGAGCAGUCCAUAUUAGUGGGUACUGCUAGAAGAGUAGUGCUGUAGCAGAAUGUGGAACGAAAUUAAAAAUUCAAAGGAGACCUAAUAGGCUAAAUUGAAGUGGGACUGCAUUUAUUAAGAUUUACUCAGAAUCACAGUAUGAACUACUGAUUUGAGCCUUUAAAGAUAAGCACCAUCUAGUCAAACAGAUGAUUUAACACAGAAGUAUUUUCAUAACACAAUGGCAAUUUUUUUCAAAAGAGUAUUCAAAUUUUAUGACAGAGGAAAAGACAUUUUGUCUUCAAAGAUGUUCUCAUAGAUUAUGAGGUCAUGAGCAGUUUUCAUAGUUCCCUAAGAAAUUUGAAGAGUUGGAUGAGGUAAUUCUAACAGUAUUGACGUUUGCACUGUAAGACGCACGUUGUCUGUGAAAAGGCCAUGUCCGCAUGUCAUUGUUGCCAACAUGAAUUUGUAGAAAGAGUACAUUUUCGUACCAACCCAGAGGCCCACAACACACAUCUCAAAGAGGUAACAGACUCAGCCACAUUUACUAACUCAAAAAGAAGUCCCUUAAAAUGUUAUUGUGGCUAUUUGACUGCAUGUUUUACAGGUUUCCAUGUUUGCAUGU